AAUUACUAAUUUCAAUUUUUUUUUGCCCUUUUCUUCCAUUCAAACAUCUUAUAUAACUAUCAAGUAAAAGACGGAUCUAGAUAUGGCUGAAAUAAUCGCUAGAGAAGCUGCUGAGGCAUUUGCCUCGUUAAAGACUCUUUCUAAUACCCAAAGAUCUUCAGCUCUUCAAAAAAUUCAUGACGCUCUUUAUGUUAAGAAAGAUGAAAUUUUAGCUGCAAACCAACUUGAUAUGACUAAUGCUGUUGAUAACAAGUUGUCAUCAACUCUUGUGAAAAGACUUGAUCUUUCUACUGGUGGGAAAUUUGAUGCUAUGCUUCUGGGAAUCUUAGAUGUUGCUCAACUUCCUGAUCCUGUGGGGAAAUGUACCUUGGCCAGAAAAUUAGAUGAAGGAUUGAAUUUAUAUCGUUUAACUGCUCCUAUUGGAGUCUUGUUAAUUAUUUUUGAAUCUAGACCAGAAGUUAUUGCCAACAUCACUGCCUUGGCCAUUAAGUCAGGUAAUGCAGCCAUUUUAAAGGGUGGGAAGGAAUCAUAUGAAACUUUUAAAGUUAUGAGUGAUAUUGUGAAUUCCACGUUACAACAAGAAACUGACGUCCCAGGUAAGGCUAUACAACUCAUUCAAUCAAGAGAUGAAGUCAGUGGACUCUUACUGCAAGAUAGAUAUAUUGACUUGGUGAUUCCAAGAGGAUCUAAUGCAUUAGUUCGUAACAUUAAAGAAAACACAAAGAUCCCAGUUUUGGGCCAUGCAGACGGGAUCUGCUCUAUCUAUGUUGAUUCAGAAGCUGAUCUUUCCAAGGCCAAGAAAAUCGUCGUUGAUUCCAAAACUAAUUAUCCAGCAGGAUGUAAUGCAGCAGAACAACUUUUGAUCCAUCAAAGUAUUGCCCAAGACUCUACCAAGGUUUCUUCUCUUAUCAAUAGUUUGAUUGAAGCCAAGGUUACCGUUCAUGUUACUCCUGAAAUUAAGGCUCAAAUUUCUGGUUUAAAUCAAGAAUUUAUUGUUGAUGCUGAUGGCGAAUCCUUUGAUACUGAAUUUUUGUCCUUUGACAUUGCAGUUAAAUCUGUUUCAUCUGUUGCUGACGCUAUUAAACAUAUUAAUACUCACUCUUCCAAACAUACAGAAGCAAUCAUCACAGAAAAUAAGGACACAGCCGAUCUCUUCUUGAAGAGCAUUGAUUCCGCAGGAAUCUAUUGGAAUUGUUCCACUCGUUUUGCUGAUGGAUUCAGAUACGGGUUUGGAACUGAAGUUGGAAUCAGUACCAAUAAGAUCCAUGCCCGUGGACCGGUUGGACUUGAAGGUUUGAUGAGUUAUCAAUACCAAUUGAGAGGUGAUGGACAUAUCGUUGGAGAAUAUGUCGGAGGUGGAGGUAAAAAAGUGUUUGUUCAUGAAGAUUUGAACAUCAAUGAUGUUAAGCUUUAGAUUAAAUUAUAUAUACAUAU